UUUGGAAGAAAAAAAAUUUAAUAUGUUAUACCUGUUAAUGUAACCAUAGAGCUCGCCUCGAAAAUCUCGGGGAGAGUACCAUAGUAAUGAGUAUAAACACAACAUAUACAAUAGCUAUAGGCCGGUGCAUAUGUCAAAUUAUCGAACGCUCGCGCGUCCUCGAACGAACAAUAAAAAUUCAGCGGUACGAGAGUCGUCGAAGAAGCUCGUAUAUCGGACGUAAUACUUAAAGUGAAACGUGACAUUUUCUCCGGCGGGGCGAUUGAACAUGUGCACAUAGGUCUUGACAUUGUCAGAGAGUGUAGUCACUUGAGCGCUCGCGGAGCGAUGAUUCGCAGCACUGCAUAGGAUCCGAGGCCGAGAGCCGAAACUGAUAAUACGCAGCUAAGUAUCAGCAUAGGUUUACAUAAUUUAAAAAGCGCUAAUUAGGUAGUUGCUAUAUAGUGUACAGCUCAAUUUCUUCGCCCGUCAGCACGAGAGGUCGCUUAAAAGUUCAAGUGUGUCAGAUGGUCAAAAAUCCUUGUCGCAGAUCCGAGAGCGAGUGGAAGUAUACUCCUGCCGCUCGACAUCGGUGCAUAUCACGCGAUUUAUUCGGGACGGCUAGUACUCUCGCCUAAAAUGGCGACCUCCUUGCGCGAUUCUCGGCUGCUUUGACAGCCGCGCGCUUAUAGGUACACCUACACUGUGUGUAUACUAUACGGGCUCCGAAAUCCGACGCUGCACUUGUCAAGGUGUCGCGUAGGCGGCGGGCGAGAGGAGGGAGCGCGCGAAAAAUAAUAGGCCAAGCCUCGUGUUCUCAUCUCGCGUCUCACACACGUAUACACGCACGGUUCUCCAGCGUGUCAGGCCGUUUUUGGAAGAGCCUCGCGCGCGUGGAUUGUCCGGAGCUCGACGAUGCAGCCUUCUCCGCAUCAGUGAAAGUUUCGCGACCAGAGACGAUCGUUGUUGCUGCUGCUGGAGGUAUAAGGUACAUACGCGUGUACCUGUACGCGCUGUGAUGAUGGUGUAGAGAUGCCGAGAGGAUGACCCGCGGAAGAGGUGCGAGGAUCAAGUGAUGUGCAUAUCAGGAAACUGGGAUGAGGACUGGUACGCCGGAGAUGCUCGACGCAGUGAAAGCAAUAGCUCCAAGGACUAGUGGGUUUUCGACCUAAAUAAUCAUGAAUCAGAGACAAGCUGGUCGAUUGAAAUCGCAGAGCACACAAGCAAUCAUGGCUGAAACCGAACAGUAUCCUUUACACAAGUGUAUAUUCGAGGGGGAUGUCAAGGCACUGAGCUCGCUUAUUAGGGUUCACGAUAUCACUGCGAAAGAUAAGCAAGGAAACACCCCCUUACAUCUAGCUGUCAUGCUAGGGAGAAAAGAAUGUGUUCAACUUUUAUUGGCUCAUGGAGUACCUGUUAAAGUUAAAAAUUUAGCUGGAUGGAGUCCUUUAGCAGAAGCAAUCAGUUACGGUGAUAGACAGACCAUAUCAUCUCUUGUGAGAAAAUUGAAGCAACAAGCAAGAGAACAGAUGGAGGAAAGAAGACCAAAUCUUGUAGCAGCCCUACGACAAAUGGGGGAUUUUUAUAUGGAGUUAAAAUGGGAUUUCCAAAGCUGGGUACCACUAGUUUCAAGGAUACUCCCAUCGGAUAUUUGCAGGAUACAUAAAAGUGGGGCAUCCAUCAGGAUGGAUACUACUCUUGUAGAUUUUAAUGAUAUGAGGUGGGAACGGGGUGAUAUAUCUUUUAUUUUUAACGGUGACCAGAAACCUAGCAAGUCUCUGACCGUCCUUGACAAUAAAGCCAAACUUUUUCAACGAGUCAGAUACGAGGAGACAGAGCUGGAAAUUGAAGAUGAAGUUGACAUAUUGAUGUCCAGUGAUAUAAUGGCAGCGCAAAUGUCAACAAAAGGUAUUACAUUUUCAAGAGCACAGACUGGCUGGAUUUUCAAAGAGGACAAAAGAGAAAUGGUUGGCCCGUUUAAUGCAGAUUUUUACCAAAUAAACGGUAUGGUGCUUGAAAGUCGAAAAAGGCGAGAACAUUUAAGCGAAGAAGAUCUCCAAAAAAAUAAAGCCAUUAUGGAGUCUUUGACUAAAGGUUCAUCUCAAGGUUUUCAAAAUGGAGAGCCACCCAUGAGAAGAGCAUCAUUAAAUCCACCACCUGAUUCUAAUAUCACGUGGGAGGAUUAUCUGUCUGCUCCAUCUGGCCAAUGUCCAUUAUUAGGUAGAAGUCUAGUGUACAAAGAAAGUAGUAAAUCAUUCAAAGCUACAGUAGCAAUGAGUCCUGAUUUUCCUCUGACUGUGGACAUGUUGCUCAACGUCUUGGAAGUCAUUGCACCUUUCAAGCACUUCAACAAGUUACGGGAAUUCGUGUUAAUGAAAUUACCACCAGGUUUUCCUGUCAAGAUAGACAUCCCCAUUCUUCCGACAGUCACGGCAAAAAUUACCUUUCAAGAGUUUGCUUUUAAAAACGACAUCAGUCCGGAUCUAUUUCAAGUGCCGCUAGACUAUUUCGAAGACCCAAUGAGAUGCUAUGGAGCAUAUUUGUCUAUGUUGAUGGUCCUACACACUAUGUCGUCCGUUUAAAGAUAAGACUUUCUAAGAAAUUUCAAAAUUCAAUUAACUUUUAAACAAUAAACGGAUUAACAACUAACCAUUUCUAUUAAUAGUUUUCGCUUGUAAUUAAGUUUUUUUAAACUUGAAAUUUAGUAGCUAUAUAAAAAAGAAUAAAACUAAAUAAAACAUCACAAACAUGUUGGUAUUUUUAACUAAAAUUUAUUUAAUUAAAUAAUGCGUAUAAAUUUGAAUGAAAAUCUAAUUGGACUAAAUCAUUGCGCUUGAACAUAGUCAUCUUGGAUCAUCGAUCUAAUAACAGAAAAAAAUAAUAAUAAUAAUCAGACCAUUAGACUUGUGUAACCAUUAUUUUGAGCUUCAUAACACUAGGUUGCAUCUACUAAUAUUCGCAUUUACACUUCCAGAUUUCCAGAUUUAUGACGCUUCGAUAUCUUAACACUAAUCAAGGUCAGUUAUUGGACCAGUUUGGGGUUGCUUUCAUUGCUGAGGGACGUUUGGCACUCGAUUUUUCUCUUGGGAUCAAUCUCAGCAGCAUUUAUUUGAGUCACUGUGUAAUAUUCAUUGAGUAAUUCAUCCUUCAUUCACACCUCGUUGUAUACUAUUGGGCGUUAAUCCGUUAACGGAUGACGUUAACGGUGACAGCCAGUUAUUAUUAGAAUAUCAUUAUGAAUAAUGGGUUGUCGUGCUGCUACCACUAUGCUGAAAGUUGAAAUAAAUAAAAUUGCACUUUUGUAAAAACAUUAUUUAUCAAGCUCUAUCAAAGACUGUCAAGUUUUUUGUGCUCUUUGUCGUGAUUAAGAAAAAGAUUUUUUUUAAGUAGUAGUAAGACUACGAUGACCAAUCCAGAUUUAAUAUCGUCCAUAUUCGAAAUCUCGCCAAAUAUGAAGAGCUUUAUUGAAAUAAAAAAUGAGAGAUUUUUUUGAAAAAAAAUAUAUUAUUUUUGCUUGGGUUUACUCGUUUGUUAAAGAACUCGUUUUUUUACCUUUACUUCGAUUAUGGCCAGUUACUUAUCUGUUCUAAUACUGCUGCCAUUAACAUUUAAUGAAUGAUUGUAAAAACAAAUUGAAAUGAAUGAUGUGUAUAAUUGAA